UUUUAGGCCGUGGCCGUGUCUUUCCCACCUCAUCCUACAGAAUGGCGUACCUUUUCCCUCGUCGUCUACGCGACAAAUUUUGGCCCGAGCCAUUGCCACCCCCCGGAUCCUUCCAGGGCCAGACAGUCCUGGUGACAGGAGCAACAGCCGGGCUUGGACGGGCCGCCGCCGUGCAUUUUGCGACCCUUGGAGCAAGGGUGAUUCUGACGUCCCGUAGCAUGGCCUCCGGCGAGGCCGCCAAGCGCGAUAUUGAGAGGAUGGCGGGGAUUACGGGUCAAGGCAAGAUACGCGUCAUGGAAUUGGACAUGAACCGAUACUCGUCGUGUGUAUCCUUCUUCAAUCAACUGAAACAGUCCGAACAAUGGUCUCAUGGCCUCGACUGUGCGGUGUUGAACGCAGGUAUCAUCAAUCCUCACUUUGCGGAGAGUCCGGAAGGCUGGGAACAAACCAUUCAGGUGAAUACACUCAGUACCACCCUUCUUGGACUUCUGCUCUUGUCGUGGAUGAAGCAGGGACCCAAGGAUCGAAACCCACCGCAUCUUGUGUUUGUCACUUCUCGGGACCACCUCGAACCUGAUAUCACCUCGUGGGCUGACUGGUCGGGCCAAGGGGGAGGACUCUUGCAAUAUUUCAGUCGCGAGGAAAACUGGCCAUCCCAUCAGCCCCAGCCGAAUUACGCAGAAAGCAAAUUGAUGUUGAUGUAUGCAGUUGGGGAAAUAUGCAACCAGGCCGUGGGACCGGACGGAAGAGUGAGAGUCAUCGUCAAUAGUGUUUGUCCCGGCCUUGUGAGCACGGAUAUCGCCCGUUUGGUGGUCAAACAUUCAAGAGCCAUGCAGCUCUUGGUUCCGCUGUAUUUGGGGGUUCUGGGAAAGUCGGCGGACUACGGUGCCAGGUUUUACGUCACUGCGGCACGAGCAUCAGAAAAGGAGCAUGGAAAAUUCGUGCAAUCACUUCUCACGGACGAGGAAUAUCACAGGUUGCGAGUUCCGAAUAUGGAGAGCGAUACUGCAACGGAUGUCAAGGGCCUUGUCUGGAAGGAGAUCUUGAGCGAGUUGAGAGAGAAGGUUCCCAGCCUAGAUGAGUUGAUGAAGGCUUGACCCAUGUUAGCAGCCCGUACUUUCGCCUUGCCUGUAUCUCACUUCACUAGUACAUUAUCGCCUAUAGAUAGCUCUUCCUGCGGAC